AUGCCCAUCACAAUCCUCAGCCCUCAGCCUCCCACGCCCCGGAGGCCACAAGCAGCAGCUACUACGAACAAUGAUUCGGAUUCGGAUUCUGAAGGUGGAGCUGGCGUCGAUAGCGAUGAUAUUUUUACACCAGGCAGUGUGAUAACGUCGAACCCUCAAUGGAUGCGUGGACAUGGUACAUACGUGCCCCAAGGAUCAUCAGCAAUCACAUCUUCCCUUGCUGGUACCCUCACAAAGACGAAUAAACUGCUUUCCGUGCGGCCUCUUCGCGCUCGCUACACCCCGGAGAUUGGUGACCUCGUCGUCGGCCGCAUCGUCGAAGUCCAGGCCAAGCGGUGGCGAGUUGACGUAGCUGCUUCUCAGCUUGCCAUUCUCCAGAUCUCAGCCAUUAAUUUGCCCGGUGGUAUCCUCCGUAAGCGUACCGAGACCGAUGAACUGCAGAUCCGCAGCUUCUUCGCCGAGGGAGACCUCGUCGUUGCAGAGGUUCAGCAGCUGCAUCAGGACGGCGCGGCGAGUCUGCACACCCGUAGUUUGAAGUACGGCAAGCUGCGCAACGGCGUCUUUGUUGCUGUAACUGGAACCGGUGGUGGCGGCGGUGUUGUUCGCUCCAAGAGACAGGUCUGGACGAUGGACGCAGCUAAUUCCGGCGGCAAAGUUGAUGUUCUCCUCGGCGUGAACGGAUACAUCUGGAUCAGCAAGCAUAUCGAGGGUGACACAGCCGCUGAGGCCGCUGGAAUCAAUCGCAUGGAGGAAAGUGUCAGCAACAAGGUCUACUCGAGCCAGAACGACCCCAUGGAAGUGACGACGAUGCGCGAAAUUGCGAGGAUCCGCAGUGUCAUCCUGGCACUUGUUGAGAACGGGCUCAAGGUGGACGAAGACACGGUGACCAGAGGCUACAGCGAGGCGGUGGAUAUGGCACGGGAUUCAACUGACGAUGACCUAUAUCUGGGAGGCGACAAGGGCCGCCGCCUAGUAGCUGUUUUGACUGGAUACUAA